AUGAAUGGCGCCGCGUCUGUGGGAGGAGACUGAAGGCUGCAGCCGGAAAACUAAUGUUUCUCAGGUUUGGACUUUAGAGCCUUAGGGUGUUGGCGGGGAGGUAUAGACCCUGCCGGAGACAAAGUAGAGACACAAACUCACGAAGGAAGCCGAAGACCACAACGCUACGAAGGUCUGCAGCUGCUGCGAUCCCACCGUGGGAAGUAACGUGCACAAGUUUCAGAUCCCAAUUUGUGCAUACGCAAUGAGGCCCCUGAUUCUUUAAAAUAUGCCACAGCAGUUAAAGAUGGAAGAGAAGCCGUGUUGUGUGGCGCUGUCGGUCCAGCCCUCCAGAGGACUUGUGGAUGAGAAGUUUGUUGUGCUGGUCCAGAACACCGUCCCUAGUUGCCCAUUGACCAUCCACGCCUCCCACCAGUGCGAAGAUGGACACAGCUGGCAUGCGUUCGCCCACUACACUUCUGAUGCCAGCGGGGUUAUAAACGUUUCAGAAGAUUGCAGUGUGGGUGGGACAUAUUCAGGGGUUGAAGCCAUGGGUUUGUUAUGGAGCCUCAAACCAGUUCCAGGCAGCAAACCGGGUCUUAGGAUGAGAAAGAAAAACGUCCAGGCCCCCAUGGUGAUCACAAUCUCUGUUUACAAGGGUCACCUGACAGAGGGUUUUGGGGAUCAGGUGCCACUGGCCGGCACAGAGGUGGAGCGCUGGUACAUGGCGCCUGGUGUCCGAAGGAUCGCAGUCACAGAGGAUGGACUCACUGCAACCCUGUUCCUGCCUUCAGGACCUGGACCUUUUCCUGGUCUUCUGGACCUGUGGGGUGGCGGAGGACAGUUGGUGGAGUACCGUGCAGCUUUGCUGGCCUCACAUGGGAUUGCUGCAAUGGCACUUGAUUACCUGACAUGUAAAUACACUAUGGAAACAGGGAAGAUGGUGGAGCAGGACUACUUUGAGGCGGCCUACACAUUCCUCCAGAAGCAUCCCAAGGUCCUAAGCAGCAGAAUCGCCAUGUUGGGUCUCUCCUUGGGCACAAGCAUCACCCUGAAAACAGCUGUGUAUUCUGAAGUUAUGAAGCUCAGGUGUGCAGUGUCCAUCAGUGGGAGUCACGUGCAACCCUUGGAUGGAUUUCUCAAGGAAACGUUGGGCUACUUCAACGAGAACAGUGGGAAAACUUGCUUUACUGAAGAUAAUGAAGCAAUCUGGCGUAAUCUGCUGCUGCCCAUCCCCACAGACCCCUCCCUCAAAGUGGACGUGGGAAAACUCCAGUGUCCACUGAUGCUGAUUGUUGGCGAGGAUGACCAGAACUGGUGCGCCUAUGAAUCUGCAAUGGAUAUAAAGGAGAUGAUGGAGCGAGCAGGGAACAGCCAUCUACUGACUCUGCUGUCGUACCCAAACGCAGGUCACCUGAUCGAACCGCCGUAUACGCCACAUGCACGAUCGAGUCUUUUUAGAGAUGUGAAGUCACGUCAGAUGUUGAUGGCUUUGUGGGGAGGACAGACCCUGGAACACUCUCGGGCUCAGGAGGAUGCCUGGAGGAAACUCUUGGUCUUUUUGAGGAAGAAUCUGUAUGGAGGCGUGAAGUCUACUUCUCCGCUUUCUAAUCUUUAAAAAACGACUAAACAUUGUGAAAGUGGAAGCAAAGUUGUUUUUUUCUUUGCCAAAGAAUAUACAUAAAUUGCAAUAGAAGAAAAAUG